UAAAAAAUCUCUCAUAUCAGAAAAUAUCUUCAUAACGGCUCGACUAUUCUUUCGCAGUAGACCAAGAGCACCGGUACUCCCUUCUUACAAUGCUGGUACCGAGUAAUUGGCCAUCCUUCAAGAGGUUUCUGAUCAUCCUUCUGGUCGCUGGCAUAGGAUUCUUCCUCUACCAAGAAGCAUUGCCAAGGAUUCCGCAAGUGACCUUCUUGAAAUCCGCUUUUAAUUCGGGUAGCGUCUUCCGGUUCAGUGAGCAGCAGAAACCGUUGCCUUGGUGGGAAGGAGGCGACUGCCCUUGCUAUGGCAAUUUGUGCUUUCCUGAGGACGCUUCCAGUCUCUCGUGGGAGGACGCGGGCGGCGCCUGUGGCCGGAGGGCGUGGCUGGCAGGCGGAGGGCAGAAGGUGAUCAGUCUCUCGCUCUUCGGGGACAAGCCACAUUACUGGAAGGCUUUCGGGAAGAACCUCAACGCGACAAAGGCCAUGUACCCUGACUGGGUCGUGUGGCUUUACACUAAUCCUCGCGGCCGGGAAGAUGUCCUCUGCCCGCUCCUGCGCGAUUUCCCUCACUUGUACAUCUGUGACGUCACCAACUUGCCUUCGCUUGGAAAUGUGACGUCAAUACACAACAUGGUGUGGAGAGCGCUGCCCCUUGGCGACGAAAGGGUCUCCGCGUUUUUCGUCCGAGACACCGACUCGCUUCUCCUGGAACGAGGCGCUGCGGCCGUGAGGGAAUGGAUGGCGGGGAACAAGAGCUUCCACCUGCUGAGGGACCAUCCGUACCAUGGCAUUCCCAUCAUGGGAGGGCUGUGGGGCGCCCGCUGGGACCUCGAGACGCAUAACGUGUCAGAAUUCAGGAAUGAGCUUGCUGGGAUUCGAAGCACACUGAUAGAAGAAGCCAGAGGGAAAUUUCACAAGGGUUUUGAUCACAUAUCUUAG